CAUUUGGACUUUGCCUCACAUGCUGCUGUUCUCUACGUGAAGUGCAGCUGCAGGUAGGGAUGAGAUGCACGGCGGCAAUUUGGGCUAUGGAGGAAGCUCUGGUGAUGGAAGCUCCAGCUCCAGCAGGCAGGUGGUGACCGUUAAGGCCUUGCGGGAGGACCAACUCCAGUUCUCCAGUGGCCAUCUUCCAUGGAAUGUCUUGGGCUUGGCGCAGCCACCCACGCUCUGGGGAGCGAGCAAGGCGGAGACCUCUGCCACACUGCAAUGGAAGCUCCACAUUUGCUCUGCAAAGAGUCAGGUAACUGACUGGGCAAUGGGCGAUCGCAACUCGCUGCAAGGUGUGCUGGGACAGCUGGACCCUGUGCAGUUGCGCACGGGAAUCUUCUCGUUGGAACUCACUGUUUCACCAGGCGCUCCCAUCCCAGUGAGCUGGACUUCUUCGGGUUCAAAGGGUUCGAGCGUGGAACUGCUGCACUUUGCGCGACCUUUCAGCGUUUGCGCUACCCACAGGAGUCCCGACGUUCACGUCCUCUGCCGUGCGCUGUGCCCGGGCGCCUACGAAGCGGUGCAGUCGACGUCGACCGCCACGGUGGUGACGGCAGGGACGGCGGCGGCCUAUGCAGACGCGUGGAAAGGCCUUGUGGAGUUGGAGGCGGUCGCUUCGGCCGUGGACGAGGGCCUCGGGCGACAUUUGACAGAUGUCUGGGUGGAUUGGGAAGAGAGCGACGAGGGGCUUUUGGGUCGUUUUGAUGUGAAGGCGGCAGCGGUGAAGUAG